UCCUUUGGCGUGGUGAGUAGUGGUAACUGACGACUCCUCCUGGGCCCUUGCCAUUUCUUUCCCUUGGUUCGUGUCCUGUUUUCGUCUUCGGUUCCGACUUUUUGUGUUUCGUUGCAGCCAGUGAAGAUCCUGGUGUCGCCAUGGGCCGCCGCCCUGCCCGGUGUUACCGGUAUUGCAAGAACAAGCCGUACCCAAAGUCUCGCUUCUGCCGAGGUGUCCCUGAUGCCAAGAUCCGCAUCUUUGACCUGGGCCGGAAAAAGGCAAAAGUGGAUGAGUUCCCACUCUGUGGCCACAUGGUGUCGGAUGAAUAUGAGCAGCUCUCCUCCGAAGCCCUGGAGGCUGCCCGUAUUUGUGCCAACAAGUACAUGGUGAAAAGCUGUGGCAAAGAUGGCUUUCACAUCCGAGUGCGGCUCCACCCCUUCCAUGUCAUCCGCAUCAACAAGAUGUUGUCCUGUGCUGGGGCUGACAGGCUCCAGACAGGUAUGCGAGGUGCCUUUGGAAAGCCCCAGGGCACAGUGGCCAGGGUCCACAUUGGCCAAGUCAUUAUGUCCAUCCGCACCAAGCUGCAGAACAAGGAGCAUGUGAUUGAGGCACUACGCAGAGCCAAGUUCAAGUUUCCUGGCCGCCAGAAGAUCCACAUCUCCAAGAAGUGGGGCUUUACUAAGUUUAAUGCGGAUGAAUUUGAAGACAUGGUGGCUGAAAAGCGGCUCAUCCCAGAUGGCUGUGGGGUCAAGUACAUCCCUAAUCGUGGUCCCCUGGAAAAAUGGCGGGCUCUGCACUCAUAAGUCUCUGCUUCUACCUUAACACCCACCAAUAAAUCCUACUUCCUGUCUA